CUGCAGCAUAGGCAAAAGGAAGGGAUACGGGCGGGUCGCUGAAUCCCAGAUCUCCUUCUUCCUCCCGACGAUUUUAAUCCACCAACGAUUCCUUCCUCCUAAAAAUGUGAUUAUUAGGUGUUGAUUACUCGCAAAAGAUUAUUAUUAUUAUUAUUAUUAUUUUUUUGUUUUCUCCAUAUCCACAAAAGGAGAGGGAUUAAAGUAAUAGGAGCGGGAGAAAAAAACAAACACAAAAAAAAGGCGCAAGCGAUUCCUUAAAGUUGCAGCAAAAUCCAUGCUCUAUUUCCGAAUCCACACUCCCUCUGCUCCAAAGAUAAGAUUUUGAUGGUGCUUUCCCCCUUUGCCCCUCCCAUCUCUCCAAAUGUUUCCGAGAUCGUCAGGUAGGGGCGAGAGAGAGAGAGAGAGAGAGAGAGCUGCCAUGAGCUCUACCCUUUCGCCUAGGGUUUCUUGAUCUUGCCCGAUUGUUUGGUGGCAUCGGUGUUUCCGUUUGAUUCGGCUGGAUCUUGACGAUGGCGCUGUUUCGGAAGUUCUUUUACCGCAAGCCACCCGAUGGGCUGCUGGAGAUUUCCGAGAGAGUCUAUGUGUUUGACUGCUGCUUCACGACUGAUGUAUCGGAACAAGAUGAAUAUAAGGUCUACAUUGGAGGCAUUGUGGCACAGCUUCGGGACAAUUUCCCUGAUGCCUCCUUCAUGGUGUUUAACUUCCGGGAGGGAGAGACUCAAAGCCAGAUUUCCAGUAUAUUGUCAGAGCAUGACAUGACUGUGAUGGAUUAUCCAAGGCAGUAUGAAGGAUGUCCGCUUCUCACGAUGGAAAUGAUUCACCAUUUCUUGAGGUCAAGCGAGAGUUGGCUCUCACUGGGUCAGCAGAAUCUCUUGUUGAUGCACUGUGAGCGAGGUGGCUGGCCGGUUCUAGCUUUUAUGCUGGCAGCGCUUCUAGUUUACCGCAAGCAGUAUGCAGGCGAACAGCGGACAUUGGACAUGAUCUACAAGCAAGCCCCUCAUGAGCUCCUGCACUUUUUGUCACCACUGAAUCCACUGCCUUCCCAACUGAGAUACUUGCAUUAUAUAUCAAGGAGAAAUGUUGGUGCUCAAUGGCCUCCACUUGAUCGGGCCCUUACUCUGGACUGUAUAAUCCUUAGGUUUAUCCCUGACUUUGAUGGAACAGGUGGGUGCAGGCCAAUAUUUCGAAUUUAUGGACAGGAUCCUUUUAUUGCUUCUGAUCGGACUCCAAAAGUUCUAUUCUCAACACCAAAGAAGGGCAAACUUGUUCGGUUUUACAAGCAGGAAGAUUGUGAACUUGUUAAAAUCGAUAUUCAUUGCCAUAUUCAAGGAGAUGUUGUACUUGAGUGCAUCAGCUUGGAUGAGGAUCUAGAACGUGAAGUGAUGAUGUUCAGGGUGAUGUUCAAUACAGCCUUCAUUAGGUCUAACAUUUUGAUGUUAGAUCGUGAUGCAAUUGAUAUCUUGUGGGAUUCCAAAGAUAGGUUUCUAAAGGAUUUCAGAGUUGAGGUAAUUCUUUCAGAGAUGGAUGCAGCUAAUUCACUAACAUUGUUAGAAUUUACAAGUGGUGAGGAAAAAGAGGGACUUCCAGUUGAAGCAUUUGCCAAAGUACAAGAAAUGUUCAACAAUUUGGAUUGGCUAGAAACAAAAGCGGAUGCUGCGACGAAGGUUCUUCAGCAGAUAACUUCAUCAAAGAAUUUGCAAGAGAAGUUGGAUGCAGUUUCUCCACAGAAAUUAGAAGCUGAUGUUAUGCUAACAAAGUCAAGUACUGAUGUCCUUCAUGAGAAAGUCCAAUCUGGUGAAACCAAUGAUAGAAACAAGAAACCAUUACCCUCUUCUCCUAAGAAUCUGCCUUUUCCACUUAAUAGAAGUUCUGAUUCAGUUACAAAGAACCAAAAUACUGAACUUCAUGGUCUGCAGAUCUCAUCACAUCAACCUUCCCAGAUUAAAAUAAUAUCCCAACGAAUCCCAGCAUCUCGAUCGACUCCUGUGUUUUCUUCUAAUUCUCUGUCAGGUUCCCAUGUAACUGUUUCAAGAUAUCAUAGUGCACCUUCAGCUCUUGGAAUUAUGGCUCUGCUGCAUGACCAUGCUGAACCUGAUAGCUCUGAAGUUACUCACUCAACAAAGUUAGCUUCAUCCCUUUCAACCAGUUCAGCUUUUGGAUCCAAUAUUUCUUUGGAAACAGCACAUGGCCUGUCAUCAUCAGGAUCGCAAUUGACAUCUUCAGCUAGCUACGGAAAAAAAACUUCGCCAGUUCCUGCUGGUAUAUGUCCUCCUCCUCCUCCUCCACCACCACCACCACCACCAUUGCCACCAUCACCACCACCAUCAUUGCCGCCGCCACCACCACCACCACCACGGUUGCCGCCAACACCAUCACUGCCACCGCCACCUCCUCCUCGUCCUGCUGCUACAACUGAUGCAGAAACAACUCUCAAACCACCAGCACCACUGGAACCUCAAUCUAGGACAAUUGGAAGCUCAAUUCCAGAAGUCCCUUCAUCACCUGCUUGGAAGUUUUCAACUUCAGCAUCACAUACUUUCAUCCCUUCCCUACCUUCUCAUUGUGGAAUUCCUUCACAGUCUAAUGAUAAAUCAAUUUCAAUUCCUCCUCCACCUCCUCCUCCCUUUAAAGGAACAUCACUGGCCCCUACCUCUGCUUACUUGGAAAAACCUGCUUCUGCUACAGAUGCAUGUCAGGCACUCUCAAGUAGCAUAACAAGCAAGUCAGUACCUAGUCCCCCUCCACCACCCUCGAUGCCCUCCCUCAGUCCUCAUACUAACCUUCUGCCCUUGAGAAAAACAGAUGAUACAGCUGUUAUUCCUCCCCCUCCACCUCCUCCAUGCCCUUCUCCUGGUACUGGUCCUGUAUCUGCAACUCGAGCGCCACCUCCACCUCCACCACCUCAGAUUUCAUCAAAACAUUCUGGUGAUAUUACUACCAAAUCAUCAUCUGCGCCGCCUGUACCACCUCCUCCACUACCUCCAAGUUCCAUGAAGAACGUUACUGCUCUUAACUCUUCUGGAGGCAGGGGAACUGCCUCUGAGGUUAUACCUCCACCGCCCCUGAAUGGCAUGAGCUCUCUAUCAGGUGGGAGAGGACGCGGUUUGGCACGGAUGACAAAUUCUAGGAAUAUGCAGCUUAAUCAAUUAUCAUCCAAAAAGGCUAAUUUAAAGCCAUUGCAUUGGAUUAAAGUAACAAGAGCAGUGCAAGGAAGCCUAUGGGCUGAGUCGCAAAAUCUUGAUGAAUUCUCGAAGGCUCCUGAGUUUGACAUGUCUGAACUAGAGAGUCUCUUUUCAGCAGUAGUUCCAAACUCUGACCAUCGAGGUUCAGGUUCCAAGUCAAGUGGGCGUUCCAUGGGUCCAAAAUCUGAGAAAGUUCACCUGAUUGAUCUUAGACGAGCUAAUAAUUGCGAAAUCAUGCUUACAAAGGUUAAGAUGCCACUAAAUGAUCUAAUGAGUUCAGUACUUGCCCUAGAUGAUUCCAUGCUAGAUGUUGAUCAGAUUGAUAACCUCAUAAAGUUUUGCCCAACAAAGGAGGAAAUGGAACUACUCAAGGGAUACAAUGGAGAUAAAGAAAACUUAGGGAAAUGUGAGCAGUAUUUCUUGGAGCUAAUGAAAGUUCCGCGAGUGGAAUCCAAGCUAAGAGUUUUCUCUUUCAAAAUCCAGUUCCGAUCCCAGGUUGCUGACCUCAAGGGUAACCUGAACAUUGUCAAUUCGACUGCACAAGAGAUCAGAAGUUCGGUUAAAUUGAAAAGAAUCAUGCAGACGAUUCUUUCUUUGGGAAAUGCAUUAAACCAAGGAACUGCCAGGGGUUCUGCUGUUGGAUUCAGGUUGGAUAGCCUUCUGAAACUUUCUGAUACACGUGCACGUAACAAUAAGAUGACUCUCAUGCAUUACUUAUGCAAGGUUAUUGCAGACAAACUUCCUGAGCUUCUUGAUUUUCCUAAAGAUCUUGUUAGCUUGGACGUUGCAGCUAAGAUACAAUUGAAAACUUUGGCAGAAGAAAUGCAAGCAAUAAGCAAAGGCCUUGAGAAGGUUGAACAGGAAUUAACAGCAUCUGAAAAUGAUGGCCCUGUCUCACAAACUUUCUGUAAGACCUUGAAGGAGUUUCUUGUUGUUUCUGAAGCUGAAGUUAGGGCCCUAACUUCACUUUAUUCCAAUGUGGGUAGAAAUGCUGAUGCAUUAACCCUUUAUUUUGGAGAAGAUCCUGCCAGGUGUCCAUUUGAACAAGUCGUCUCAACACUUCUCAACUUUGUUAAGAUGUUUGCACGUGCCCAUGAAGAGAACUGCAAACAGCUAGAGUUGGAGAAGAAAAAGGCACGUAAAGAAGCGGAACAAGAAAAAGUGAAGAACAGUCAUACAAAGAAAGAGCCACAGAGUAUACCACCAUAACUGAUGUCACCAACGCCUCUGACCAUUAGAUUAUGCAAGAAUUCUUCUCUAUCAUAUGCAAGGAACCAAUGGUAGCAGAUAGAGAAGAUCCUAACGGGACAUAUCCUAUUAUAGAGUAUAGCAAAGGGAAACACCUUAGUCGAUAUUGAUAACUCCAGAACAAGAAGCUUUCAAGAAGGUCCUUAUUAUUGAUACGCUUGCCAUAAGGAGAGAGGAGCUUGGAAACACAACUGGGGGGGGCUUUGUACAGAUGACUAACCCAAACCCAUCUACCUGUAUGAAUACUCUGUAGAGGUUUUUGUUUUUGUUUGUUACAGUCUGAUUACGUGAUGUUCACUUAUCAAGAUGUAUAUUCUUUCUUGUUUUUUUUCAUAGAUGAUGAUGAUAUAAAAGGAGAAAUUUUGGUUGA